AGCGUUGAAAGAAAAACUUCUCCACCUCAAAGUUAGAUCCCAAACACCAUCAUGCAAUAUACAGGAAGUUGGCCUCUGUUCCUUGUUCCUCUUCUGUCUUUCCUGCUUCAUUACAACCCCUUACUGGCUUUUUCACUGAAAAACUGCACGAUUGACUACUCUGAAGAUGCAAAUGAGCUGUCGGUUACAUGUGAACGGCGCAGCCUCACUGCUAUUCCCGACGACAUUCCCAGAAAUGCAUCAUCACUGGAUCUCAACUCAAACAGCAUUUCAAAGAUCACCGGGACAGAUUUAAAAUAUUUACCAAAGCUCACCUAUGCAUCUUUAGGAUUUAAUUUGAUUUCCCACAUUGAUGAUGGAGCUUUUGCAGACUUGGAAAAGUUAAAGGUCCUCUUCCUGUCCAACAAUAAUCUUACAAAAGUCACAGACAACAUGUUUCAAGGACUGUCCAAACUAGUCAAGCUAUUUAUGGAUGUUAACCGUAUCAGUUAUAUCUCCCCUGUGGCCUUUCAGUCCCUGGUCAGCUUAGAGGAAUUAGAUCUGGGCUCUAAUUACCUACAACAAAUAGCAGAUGUUGCUCCCAUCUUUAAACUACCAACUCUAAAUAAGUUGUCUCUUGAGAACAACAAGUUCACCUCUUUUCAAUCAGACGACCUGCCUUUAAACAUCUCAAAAAUAAAGACCCUUUAUCUGACUAUGAAUCCUCUGAGAAAGUUCAGUCUUACAAAAGACGUCUUUCCUCAUUUGCGGUCUCUUCAGUUGAGUAACUGUAGCAGCAGUGACAUGGAAUGGGACGUAUCAAACAAGACCUUUCUGAGAAACCUAACUAGUUUGUCUCUAGGUGGAAGUUAUAUUAGCUUUGAGUUGUGCCGCAUGGCGCUGCAGACCACUGAGUCACUACAAACACUUUUUCUGACAUUGAUGAAGGCGAGGAUAGAUGAAGGUCUCAUAGACGUCGCCUGCCAAAUUCAAUCUCUGAGAACUCUUUAUUUAGUGUAUAACCACAUUGUCAGCGUAGACGACAACCUGCUGAAGUCUUGUUCUCAGAUCACUGACCUCAGUUUAUCUUCUAACAAGCUGUCCGAAAUGUCAGAGCAUUCACUCAGAUUUAAUUCACAGCUCAGGCAUCUGGAUUUGGGCGGUAACCAACUGUCCAAAGUGCCCCUCGCACUCAGAGGACUCUCCACACUGGAAACCUUGGAUCUGAGCUACAACGACAUAGCUGAACUCGACUGCAAUACAUUUCUGAAUUUGACAAGAUUAACAACACUUAAUCUUUACCAAAAUCGAAUUUCAAAAAUUAAAGGAUGUGUUUUUCAAAACUUGAAUGAUUUGAUAGAAGUUAAUAUUGGAGAAAAUGCUGUUUUUACUUUUGACAAUACCUUCAAGGUUGGCUUGCAGAAACUUGAAUCUUUGAAUUUAAACAAUAAUCGUCUCUUACAUCUCAUGUCAGAAGACUUUAGCAACCUUUCCUCCCUCCGUUCUUUGGAUUUAGAAAAUUACAAAUGUUACAAUGUGAAUGAAAGGGCUUUCCAAGGACUUGAUAAUCUUCAAACUCUUAUUAUUACACCUGGAAAUUACAGAAAAGAGAUGUUCAUAGGACUCGCACAGUUAGAGAAUCUGACAUUACAUCUUACCGCAAAGUGGGAACUGAGAAGUUCUCAACAAAAUGAUUAUUCACCUUUCUCAAAUUUACCUAACUUAAAGAAGCUUAUACUCAAAGAUUACGACAUAUUUGAUGCUCAGGACAUUACACAAGAUCUGCUCAAGGGCCUGAAAUCUUUAGAGUUCUUAACUUCUGACAAUUUCUUCAAGAAGUCGUUGCACCCAGACACAUUUAAACACACUCCCCGACUGAAGGUUCUUCAGAUAAUAAACAGCGAUCUGUCACAUUUAACCCCUGAACUGUUCUGGCAAAUUCCAAACUUGCAGAAACUCGAUCUCUCCAACAAUAAAUUGAGAUAUUUGGAUUUCCUCGGCGGGGCGAACCUGCUGACCCUCAGAUGGCUAAAACUCAUCAGGAAUGAGUUGUCGCUCAUCAACGAAACGGCCCUCCAAUGCCUCCCUGCGUUGACGUACCUGGACCUGAAUAAUAACCCUUUAACGUGCGAAUGCUCCAACAUUGGCUUCAACCAAUGGGUGCAAAGCAACAACCAGACACAGGUAGUUAAUGGCCACCAGUAUACUUGUGCCUUUCCUGUGAGCCAAAAGGGGAACAAGUUCCUGGACUUUGAUACUAGCUCCUGUUGGAUAGACCCUGGCUUCUUCUGCUUCAUAUUCAGCACUUUUUUCAUUCUGUUUACUCUCCUCACAUCCUUCAUUUACCAUUUCCUGAGGUGGCACCUGGCCUACGCCUACUACCUCUUUCUGGCCUUCGUCUACGAUAAGAGGAGUAGAAGGAAGGGCUCUCCACACCACUACGAUGCUUUUGUCUCCUACAACGUUUACGAUGAAGCCUGGGUCUACGAAGAGAUGCUUCCAGUGCUGGAGGGGGAGCAAGGAUGGAGACUCUGUCUGCACCACAGAGACUUCGAACCAGGUAAGCCCAUCGUAGAAAACAUUACAGACGCCAUCUACGGCAGCAGGAAGACCAUCUGUGUGAUCAGCCGACACUACCUGCAGAGCGAGUGGUGCUCCAGAGAGAUCCAGAUGGCCAGCUACCGUCUGUUUGACGAGCAGGAUGAUGUGCUGAUCCUGCUGUUUAUGGAGGACAUCCCUGCCUGCGAGCUGUCUCUGUACUACCGAAUGAGGAGUCUGGUGAAGAGACGCACCUACCUGAGCUGGCCGCAAGCCGGUCAACACACGGGAGUCUUCUGGCAGAACAUACGGCGAUCUCUGAUGACACCUGGAAGUCCUACGGACAACCCAAUCAGGGGUUUCUUUCAGAACCAGGAAUAAAAAACAAACUGUUUGUUGUUUAAACUGUCACAAAUUAAUGUGGAGGUGGAGGAGAUAUCUGGUCCCAGGUAUAUAUAACAAAUUUCAAACGGAAAUCCCUGCAUAAAAAACUGAGGUGUGGGACUUUGAAAGACACAAUCAAUAAUGCAUUAUGGGAAAUGUAAGAUCCAGGGCUUUUAGAAGCUUGACCCAUACGACAAACUAAAGCCCUGUUUGCAUGGAAUUAGUGUUACCUGGUGACCACUAGUCAUUUGUAAUAAAGACGGAGGUUGUCUGUGAUCUUAAUCUUGUGCAAAUCGGCCAUGUCUGUAAUUUGUAAAGGAAUGAAUUCCCCUGCAAAUGACCUACCAUAUUUCGCCGAACACCAAGGUCCUGUGGUAACAUUAGUUCAAAUCUAUAGGUCUGUGAUUUGGCCGGGAUGAACUCCACUUUUUUAUCUAACGUUAGUGUAACAGAGUUAAAAAUGUAGUGUAUUGUUAUAUAUGAUUUUCGCCAAAAAUGAACAGCCUUGUUUAAUAUGUGAAUGGGAGCCAUCCUUGACCAUUUGGUGUACUGCAGAUCUGCUGCGUGUAGUCUUGCGUUACUUCCCUACCCGAUCAGAAAAGCUGUAUACUUUUGAUCGGGUAGGUUCAGUGUUCAAAGUACUUCACCCAGUAUAUCGUUUUUUUAAAAGUAAAUUGAUAUUUAGGUUGAUAACUUCGAUGUAUCUCUCGUGUUAUGUUAUUCCCAUGCACUGUAAUGACCCUACUGCAUUUUGCAUGUUUUGACAGAAAGUUUGUUAAUGUUUCUUUUUGUGAGUUUCUGCAUACUGAGGUUAACGUGGCUAGCCGUCAACUCUGCUAGUCACAUCCAUACAUUGGAGGUAAUAUUUCUGUGUCUAUCAUGUGUGGAUGUUUAAUCUCAGUAUAGUUUCAGUAUAUUGAUGAGACAACAGCGUAUGUGAGUAUUCCCAAACGUUAAUUAGUUGUCGUUCCAUGCGUGUUGACAUUCUGUCUGGCGUGCCUUGCUUGCAAGCACUGAUAGUGUACAAUGGGAUACUGGUGUAGUACAUGUAGCCUAUGUAACGCAAUACAUUCUUUAAAUUUUGCUUGUGCAGAUGCUGUAAAUGUGUACACCAAAGCCUGAAGACAAUGUUUUGAUUUAUGUACCAAAGGUAUGUGGCUCCAUAAUGUAAUUAGGUUUUAAUAAUGUGCUGUAACUUUUUGCACUUAGGCUGCAGUUAUGCCAUUCU